AUGUCGCGCAGGGCUUUUACCACGGGGACCCCACCAGCACCGCGGUAUCACCACUCAGCUGUGGUCUACGGGAGCAGCAUGUUUGUGUUUGGUGGCUAUACUGGAGACAUCUAUUCUAAUUCCAACCUGAAGAAUAAAAAUGAUCUCUUUGAAUACAAGUUUGCAACUGGACAGUGGACAGAGUGGAAGACUGAGGGAAGGUUGCCAGUUGCGAGGUCAGCUCAUGGCGCAACGGUGUACAGUGAUAAGCUGUGGAUCUUUGCGGGUUAUGACGGCAAUGCACGGUUAAAUGAUAUGUGGACAAUUGGCCUACAGGACAGAGAGCUAACCUGCUGGGAAGAGAUUGAACAAAGUGGUGAAAUUCCACCUUCGUGCUGUAAUUUUCCCGUGGCUGUUUGCAAAGACAAGAUGUUCGUUUUCUCUGGCCAGAGUGGAGCAAAGAUUACCAAUAAUCUCUUUCAGUUUGAAUUCAAGGAAAAGAUAUGGACACGAAUUCCUACCGAGCACUUGCUGCGAGGCUCCCCUCCUCCUCCCCAGCGCAGAUACGGCCACACUAUGGUUGCGUUUGACCGGCACCUCUACGUGUUCGGCGGGGCUGCGGAUAACACGCUGCCCAACGAGCUGCACUGCUACGACGUCGACUCGCAGACCUGGGAGGUUAUCCAGCCCAGCCCAGACAGUGAGGUGUCCCAUCCAGGAGUGGCGGAGAGAGUAUCUGCCCCAGAAGAAGCUCCGUCCUUGCCCUCGGAAGAACGAGGUUUAAAAAAAUCUCGGGAUGUAUUUGGUUUAGAUUUCGGCAUAACAGCAAUUAAACAACCACCCACAGCAGACUCAGAGUUACCCAGUGGGAGACUCUUCCACGCUGCAGCUGUUAUCUCAGAUGCAAUGUACAUCUUUGGCGGCACAGUGGACAAUAACAUCAGAAGUGGGGAAAUGUACAGGUUCCAGUUUUCUUGUUACCCUAAAUGCACUCUGCAUGAAGAUUACGGGAGGCUGUGGGAAAACAGGCAGUUCAGUGACUUGGAGUUUGUUUUGGGAGAGAAGGAAGAACGAGUCCGAGGCCACACCGCAAUUGUUACAGCUCGCUGCAAGUGGCUGAAAAAGAAAAUCAUACAGGCAAGGGAGAGGUUGAAACAGAAAUCAAAGCAAGAUAUUGAAGACGAGGGACACGCGACGUGUCAGAAGGAUGGGGCUGGUGGGAAUGUCAAGUUGUGCCGCCUGCAGCCGCUGCUGGAAGUGCCCAUCCGAGAGGCCGAGGCGCAGCCCUUCGAGGUGCUCAUGCAGUUCCUAUAUACGGAUAAAAUAAAAUACCCUCGCAAAGGCCAUGUGCAGGAUGUGUUACUUAUUAUGGAUGUGUACAAACUGGCCUUAAACUUCAAGCUCUCUCGACUGGAACAGCUCUGCCUUCAGUAUAUCGAGGCAUCUGUAGACCUGCAGAAUGUGCUCAUUGUGUGUGAAAAUGCUAACAAGCUGCAGCUGGAUCAGCUAAAGGAACAUUGCCUGAACUUUGUGGUGAAGGAAUCACAUUUUAACCAGGUAAUAAUGAUGAAGGAGUUUGAGCAUCUUUCUUCAGCCCUCAUAGUGGAGAUUGUACGGAGAAAACAGCAACCUCCGGUUCGAACACAUUCCGAUCAGCCGCUUGACAUCGGAACAUCUUUAAUUCAGGACAUGAAGGCUUACCUAGAAGGAGCUGGGACUGAAUUCUGUGAUAUCACCCUUCUCCUAGACGGCCACCCCCGGCCAGCCCAUAAAGCAAUCCUAGCAGCCCGCUCCAGUUACUUUGAAGCCAUGUUCCGUUCCUUCAUGCCAGAAGAUGGGCAAGUGAAUAUUUCUAUAGGUGAAAUGGUUCCCAGCAAGCAAGCAUUUGAAUCUAUGCUUAGAUACAUUUAUUAUGGAGAAGUAAACAUGCCUCCUGAAGACUCCCUCUACCUCUUUGCUGCACCUUACUAUUACGGCUUCUCCAACAACAGACUGCAGGCCUACUGCAAGCAGAAUCUGGAAAUGAACGUCACAGUGGAGAAUGUACUCCAGAUUUUGGAGGCAGCCGACAAGACCCAGGCCCUGGACAUGAAGAGGCACUGCCUGCACAUCAUUGUUCACCAGUUCACCAAGGUCUCCAAGUUGCCAAAUCUCCGCUCCCUAAGUCAGCUACUCCUUCUUGACAUCAUAGAGUCGUUAGCUAACCACAUAUCAGACAAGCAGUGCGCAGAGCUGGGCUCAGACAUAUGACAUGCCUUGGUAAUCGAACUUCUCCUUUGUUCCUCAAAAAAACCUAGCACUUUACGGCUGACUCUCUUUCUUACCAUUCCGUACUGAGCUGCUCAGAGUGGCUGCACAGUGCGGCGGGCGGCCCAGAGGAGCACGGACAGCUGCCCUGCUCUCCUGUGGAUUUGCUUGGUUUGUACCUUUGUGGCGAAGGGUUUGGUCUGCGUUACGCCGAUGUAAAGUUGAAACCAUU